UCUAUUAUCCUCAAAGUGUGUCAGCAACAUCUAUAAUUAAAAGUUUUAGAGGCCUAAAAGUUUUAAAAUGUUAGGGUGGCUUUCCGGCGGUGACAACCUCCCCAUGAGAGCAUGCCUCUCGCUAAGGAUCUCCUUCAUCCCUCUCCAGAAGAGAAGAGGAAACACAAGAAGAAGCGCCUGGUGCAGAGCCCCAACUCCCACUUCAUGGACGUGAAAUGCCCAGGAUGCUAUAAAAUCACCACCGUCUUGAGCCAUGCACAAACAGUAGUUUUGUGUGUUGGCUGCUCCACAGUCCUCUGUCAGCCCACAGGAGGAAAAGCAAGGCUUAGAGAAGGAUGCUCCUUCAGAAGGAGCAGCACUAAAAGCCCCGAGUCAAGAUGA